CUUUGGUUUGAUUUUCCAUUUUGCACAUUUUCCCGCCAGACAUCCCAUCCCUCGACAACCGACGACCAUCCCCCCUCCAACAACGAUUGCUCUGGUGAUUCAGUAACUCAUCAGACACCGCAAUCAUGGGUAUCUCUCGCGACUCUCGUCACAAGCGCUCCGCUUCCGGUGCCAAGCGUGCCUACUACAGGAAGAAGCGCGCUUUCGAGGCCGGCCGCCAGCCCGCGCAGACCCGUAUCGGCGCCAAGCGCAUCCACACCGUGCGCACCCGCGGCGGCAACCACAAGUACCGCGCCCUGCGCCUCGACAGCGGCAACUUCGCGUGGGCCUCGGAGGGCACGACGCGCAAGACCCGUGUCAUCGCCGUCGCCUACCACCCGUCCAACAACGAGCUGGUCCGCACCAACACCCUGACCAAGUCCGCCGUCGUGCAGAUCGACGCCGCCCCCUUCCGCCAGUGGUACGAGGCCCACUACGGCCAGCCCCUCGGCCGCAGGAGGCAGGCCAAGCAGGGCAAGGAGGAGGAGCCCGUCAAGAAGAGCAAGUCCGUCGAGAAGAAGCAGGCCGCACGCCUGGCCGCCCACGGCAAGGUCGAGGCCGCCAUCGAGAAGCAGUUCGAGGCCGGUCGCCUCUACGCUGUCGUCUCCUCCCGCCCCGGCCAGUCCGGCCGCUGCGACGGCUACAUCCUCGAGGGCGAGGAGCUCGCCUUCUACCAGCGCAAGCUCCACAAGUAGACGGUUGGCCCCCGUGCCGCGGUGUCGGGGUUGCGAGAGGACAGCAGCAGGAUGGCAAGGGUAGCUUAGCGAGGUGGGGAUACCACCGCCACCUCCACCAGGCGAAAUCGGAUUUCGGUGUUCUACGGAUCGGCUGCCCUUAUGAUGAGACGGUGGCUAUGAUACCUGUGCUGCACAUGCUCAGCAGUGUGAGAUGCCCGCUUCUUGGUCGUUUUUCAUUCAAGGUUCAAUUUGCAUUGGGACGGGAAAAGGGACACAAUCAAAAAAGAAAGGAACAAAAUGCCUUUACGUGCACAAUGAACAUCCGGUCCAUCCUGCCAG